UCCGCAGAUUCAAAGUUGAUAUGUCGGUUCGGUAUAGGAAAGUUCCUCCGGAAGGAGGCUGGGGUUUGCUGAUUGGCAUCGGGAUGGCAUCGAUGUUCACCGUGUCAUUGGGCUCACUGCCAUCGUUCGGAUUGAUAUUUGGAGAUUUCCUGACCAACCUCGGUGAGGAGACCAGUGCAAUAGCCUUGAUCACGAGUUGUUUCUUCAGUGCGUUGAGUUUCGCGGGACUUUUUACGAAUACCUUGAUGAAGAAGACUUCCUGCAGGACGGUUGGCUUGAUCGGUGCCGUUUCGUAUGUGAUUGGAAGUUUCAUGACGAUAUUUGUUACGACGACAAAUGAGUUGCUGGUGUCAUUUAGCAUAUUCCAGGGUGCCGGUUUUGGACUGAUGAUUCCUGUUUCCUACACCACAUUCAAUGCCUAUUUUGUGGAGAAGCGAGUCGUUAUGAUGAGCUUUUCUCAAACCUUGAUUGGUCUGGGAACCAUGAUCUAUCCGAUUUUCAUACAGAAAACAAUGGAAGCCUACGGAUUCCGAGGAUGCAUGGCAGUGCUAGCAGCUGUCAAUAGCAAUACCCUGGUGGCAAUGCUGGUGAUGCAUCCUGUGGAAUGGCACAUGAGAAAGGUCAAAAUCACCGAUGAAGAAGUGCAAAUGACAACAAAUCCGAGUGAAGAACCGACUAAGAAUGUUGCAUCCAAAAUGUUGAAAGGAUUGGAUCGAUCUCGUCGGGCAUCUUCCAUUCCAGGGCUAGGAAACUGGUCCGGUCCGGUAGUCGUCAGCGAUAGCACCGAAAGAGACAAAAAACCCGCAACAAAGUGGCAAGUGCUCAUCGACUUUCUGGACCUUACGCUGCUAAAGGAUCCGAUUUACGUGAACAUCGUUCUAGGCAUAUCGUUUGCACUUUACUCGGACUUGGCGUUCUUCACCCUGCAGCCGAUGUAUUUGUUCAUGAUAGGAUUCGGCAAACCGGAUGUUUCCCUAAUCAUUGCCAUCGGAGCCGGAGCGGAUUUGCUAUCGCGAGUGUUCCUGGCCAUUUCCAGCACAUGUUUGAACAUUAAGGCUCGUUACGUCUAUCUAGCCGGAGCGCUGUUCACCAUCCUGGCACGUUUCGCGUUUUUAUUCGUUUACGAUUUUUACGGUAUGGCCAUCAUAACGGCCAUAAUGGGAUUCCUGCGAACCUGGAUUCACGUCCCACUGCCGCUGGUGUUUUCAGAAUAUCUGCCCACGGAAAGAUUUCCUUCCGGCUACGGGUUAUUUAUGUUUCUGCAGGGAAAUAUCACUUUUGCCGUCGGACCCAUUGUCGGCUACAUCCGUGACGUGACCGGAAGUUACUCGAUAUCGUUCCACUGUCUUACGCUGUUCAUGGCGCUUUGCGUGCUUCCGUGGCUAUUUGAAAUUGUCUACCUGCGGCUGAAGGAGAGAGCUUUCCGGGAAGCAGAACAGCAAACGGAAAUGGUCACCGUUCCGAUAAAGCUGGAAACGAUUGAGGCUAGUGAUAGUAAAUAAAGUUUUUAUUUUCUCU